AAUUUGCUAGUUUUUCUAGUUGAAGACACCAUGAAUUUUUCUGGUAAACAAGCGGGGUAAACAAGUCAAGCCACGGAAAUUUAAUUGAAGAUGUUGUAUUUGUUCAGUCAAUUUUACGAAAAGGCACAGGAUUCAUAUUGAUAUGGCCUUGAUAUAAUCAGGGAAGUGAGAGGGAAUAGUGUGCAGCAACGACGACGUGUUGGAAAGCUGCUGUAGAGAGAGAGAGCAAUGUUCAAUGCCAUCUGAGCUGGAUUCAAGAUGGAUCAGCAAACCAUUGUGACAUCACAAAGGAUAUUUUAACCACAUACCUCCUAUAUGCCUCAGUACUUCAUGAUCCCACCUUGUUUAUUUUAUAUGUUACUGUGACGAGAAGGAGGAUAUAAUGCCAUACAGAUCUACCCAUAGACCCAUGAAUGGGAUACCUGCAGGCUACAGAAAGUAUGCUGAACCUCACUCCAAGUCUCUAUGCUGUUAUUGAAAAUGAUGUGUGUGGUUGCCCUAAUAUCUUUGCUGUGAUUCUUCUCUAUGGGAUGUUGGCUAUCAUCUUUAUGAUUGUCUUUAUCUGCUUUAGUACUUCGUCAGGACGCCAAUAUGAGCGAGAUAAGGAUCCCUUCAGUUCCAAGACCUUCUAUAAGAGAAAAACAAAAGAAGAUAUUGAACUUUAUAAACCAAAAGAAGAGAAAGGAGAACAUAUUGAGGUAUUAAGGAGAAGAUUAACUGAUCUCACUGAUGGCUACAGAGAUAUUAAAGAUCUUAAGAAAAAGUAUUAUAAUCAUUGCAAGACCUGUUCAGUAGUCACCAGCUCUGGACGUCUGCUCUUUCACCAAGCUGGCGAAGAGAUCGACUCUGCGGAAUGUGUCAUUCGUAUGAACAAUGCCCCUGUUGUUGGAUAUGAGGAAUAUGUGGGAAAGAAGACAACCUCACGGAUUGUGUGCUUCCGAUCUGUUGCCAAUUUGAAGAAGAGCAUGUUAACUGGCAAAGGAUUUACAAAGGAGGUGGUAGUAUGGGGUGCUGAGAAUCCUAGCCAUGGUAGAUGGGCCAUGUCUAAACUUAAGAUGUUCUUCAGGCAGUACUUACAAACUAAAUGGUUUUCUCUCAAGGAUGGAGGUGAAGAGAUAGCCAACGCAAUCUUUGAAUCAGAGACAGGUAUAUCAAGGGAGAAGUCACAUACCUGGCUUUCUACUGGUUUAUUCACCAUGCUCUUUGCUCUACAAACCUGUGAUAAUAUUACAGUAUAUGGAAUGGUGGAUGAAAACUACUGCAAGUUACAUAAAGAAAUAGAAGCACCUUACCAUUACUAUGAAAACCUGCCAUGGAACGAAUGUGAGUUUCUCAACAUGCAUGAGAACAAAAUGAAACAAGGACAUCGUUAUCUGACGGAGAAAGCCCUCUAUCGCCGCUUUGCGUCCAUGUUCAAUUUAAAUUUUAAGUAUCCAGCGUGGGACCUGACCAAUGCAUCACAUGUUGAUUUCAAGAGCCCAUUUAGAGAGAAAUACAUGAAGGAACACACAAAGAGGUGACACUUUCCAGAUCAAGUGUUAGUGUUUAAAUAGACUACUAUGUGUGGAUGAUCAAUGCAAAUUGCGGUGUUAAUUAUUAAAGUGCCAUGAAGGUGUUGUGUUUAGAUAGGAUGCUAUGAGUGGGUGAUCAGUUCAAACUAUGGUGUCAAUCAUGUGCAGUGUAAAGUGCUUGUUUAGCAUACUAUUCUUAUAUGAUAAUUGAAAAUUACAACAGAUACUUUCAAGUUCAUAUGAACAAUCAUGAAGUUUUACCAAAAAUGAAACAAUAUAUAGCAAAUCAUAUUAUGGUAGGCAAAUUUUUUUCAUUUUACCCUGAUAAUAUCGAUGAGCAGCAAAUUCAUCAAAAUGUGAGGUAAUAGAAUUUUGAUAUUCAUUUAAGCACUAGAAGUUUAGUCCCUUUUGAAAUAACAGUAAACUUCAAAUGCAUAUACUAAACCUAUGCACACAACGUCACUUAGGAUGACACCAUGCAAGAGCUGAAAAUCAACAUUAUAAUGUCAUGUGAUCACACUGUAUAAUGUCAUGUGAUCACACUAUGUAUUGUCAUGUGAUCACCCUGUAUAGUACAUUUCAGUACUAUCAAUUCAGUAAUAUAACUACUCAGCAACCGCAGAAUAAAAUGUGAUACAGUUUUAUUUGUAUAAUUCUAGUGACGGUGUUUGUUCAGAUGUAUGUCUGAUGCUGUAUUCUUUCGUUACAAACCUGAUCAAGGCUUAUAAUGAGUUUAUUUGAAUUUAUCUUACAUAUAUGAGUUCCACAAGGAUAAUGCAAUUUGAUUCUAUUUAGGUGAGAUGUACAUCUAAGAUUCUUGAUGUGAGCUUUAAAUAGAUCAUCUAACUGUUUGAAAUAAAGGCAAAUCAAAUUACGUAUAUUCUUAUUUCUAGAGAUAAGUGCCUAUCACUUUGAAUCUAUAGAUUAAAACAAUUUUUUAAUAUGAAUGAAACUUAUUGUUGUAUAAUAAAUUAUAUUAGAUAGAACUGUAUUUCAAGUGAUUAAUGUUCUAUAUAGAUAUAUGUAGAUUUGAUAUUCCUGAAGGAAUUAUUUGCUCUAUGCCUUGAAUCUCACUGUUAAAUGAAAAGGUAGAUGAAUGAAAAGAUUAAAACUCAGAAGAAACUAUGCUCCACAAUAUUCAAGAAUGAUACUGCUCAACUUUAUAGUAUUCUUUUUUUCUUCAUAUUUACAAAUAAGCCUUUUUGUGAAAUGGUUCUGUAUUCAUUGUCUUAUGAAACAAAUUUUUUGUUUUAUCAAGUUAUCUGUAUAUAUGGCUACCCGUCUAUCUUAGUGAAGUAUGUUAUCCGAGUCCUGUAUCUGGCUACAUCUUCAUCUCUUUAUUAUUAUUUGAGUCUAGCAUUUUCUAAAUUUAUGCUACUUAACGAUCCAUUAUUUUAUAUUUUGCCUUUUUGACUUCCUAAUUUUCUACUUAUGGAAAAUGAUGUUAUUUUCAAUUUAUCUAACAUUUGCACAGUUUUUACAAGUUAAUUUAUGUUAAUUUAGUUUGAAUAGUGGAUCGUUUCUUGAAGCUUGUCAGCACUGAAAAGUUGUCAUUCUAUGAUAGUUAGUUACCAUAGUAACCAGUGCAUAUCAGUCAAUCAAAACUGAGGAUUUCACUAAAAUUGCCAGAGCUGACAAUCUAUUUAGUGCUGACAACUUUUAUUAAACAUAUUUACCAUGUCUGAGAGUAUGGGGAGAAUUCAACAGUUUCAAUGUCAGCACAAAUUUAAUGACGACAUUACACAUGGGAGAUUGAAUCGAUAAUAAACACUUUUGAAAAUAGGCCUAACUAAAGAAAUUAACAAAAUGAUAAAGAUUAGAGAUUUAGAAUUGAUUACUCAUAGACAGGGAUUUUUUAAAUAUAUGUCUCAAAUAAAAGUAUUGGUUUGAAUAAUUUGCUUCCUUGUAUGGAAUGGGGAAGUAUUUUCAGCAUGCAAUUUCUAUUUACAACUUUCUAAUUACAUUGACUUAUAUUAUAUUGGGGGAAUUAGAUAACCGAGAGAGUGCAUAAAAUGUUAUAAGAUUUUUCAGAUAUUCAAUUGAU